UCCCCCGCAGUGGGACCUUGUGUGUGAGGCCCGCACCCUCCGCGACCUUGCUCAGUCUGUCUACAUGGCCGGCGUGCUGGUGGGCGCCGCCGUGUUUGGUAGCCUCGCGGACAGGUGAGCCGGGGACCGGGAGCCUUUGGGGAUGAGGUUCCCAGACACCCAACUCAGGGUCUUUAUUUUUCUUUAUUAAAAUCCAUUCAUGUUUUUUAAAAUAGAUAAUACAUAGAACACGGUCACAUGGUUCAAAAGUCAGAAGUGUAUAAAAGAGUAUGAGGGAAGCCUCCCUUCCCCCUCCCGCCCAGCCUCCUAGUUCUUUCCAGGGGGCAGCCCUGUGUCCCUGUGUCUUCCCGGAGGUCUUCAUGAUUUUGUGCAUAUUCAAGCAAACAUGUAUAGCCUCUGACCCCCGUUUUUAUGCAAAUGUUGGCACACUUCGCACAUAACUCCACACCCCCGUUGAGCACUGUAUCUCAGAGGCUCUCCAUGUCUGUCCUCUCUACUGUCUGCACUGUGUAUGGAUGGGCUGGAAUUUACCUGGCCCGGACGGACCUUGGCCUCUCCAGACAGAGGCCCAGGAAACACAACAUAUUUCUUGUCUUUUCUUUGUGCCUCUUUCCCUGUUCUUUUUCCCUUCUAUUCCCCCCUCUUUCUCCCCUCCACUUCUCCUCUUUCUCACCGUUAUCGAUUCCACUUCCUGUGGGCCUCCCUUGGGGUCCUCCAGUAGGCCAGCCCCCCACUCUGAAGUGCAGUCUGCACUUGUGGGUGCCUCUGUUGUGACCCUCAUUGCACUGCGUCACACCUUAGUCUUUCUGUGUAACAGCUAGUAGUAUCUUAUCUACAGUGUCUUGUCUGUCGCCAGCUUUUUUGUUUUGGGGGAGUGGCUUUCCUGAGCACCCCAGCGUUCUCUCCCUUGACUCCCAGCUUGGGCAGAUGCCUGGUGUGCCCCCUUCAGGGCUGCUCAGAAUCCUAAUGACUGUAUGAUUUCCCUGCAGGCUGGGCCGCAAGGCCCCCCUGGUCUGGUCGUACCUGCAGCUGGCAGUUUCGGGGGCCGCCACGGCUUAUUUUGGCUCCUUCAGUGCCUACUGUGCCUUCCGGUUCCUGACGGGCAUGACCUUCUCCGGCAUCAUUCUCAACUCCCUCUCGCUGGGUGAGUCCAGCCAGGGAGGCUGGGCAGCUAUGGAGAGCAGGGAGACGGCAGCCUGUGGGUUUUCUCUGUCCCAUCAAUUUGUAAGAACUCUUCCAAUGUUAGAGAAAUUAACCUUUUCUCUGUUGUGCUGCAAAAAAAAAAAUUUUUUUUUUUGCCGUUUUUUGCUGACAUUGUGACUUUGCUUAUGGUGUUCUUUUUCAAUGCAAGUAUUUCUUAUCUUUUAUGAAAUCAAAUUUGUUGAUUUUUUUUUAAUUGCCUAUGCAUUUUGUGGCAUCCUUGGAAAGGCCUUCCACUACUCUAAAACUGUAAAAACUCCUACCAUGAUUUCUUCUAAGAUUUUUGUUGUUUUAUUGUUUAAAUCUAAUUCUUUGUCACACUUGGAAUUUACCUGGGUGUAAGGAGUGAGGGGACUCCCUGGGUGGUACAAACGAUGGAAGGGCACGGCUGCUACCCAAAAGACUGAAGGUUUGAGUCCACCCAGAGGUGCCUCAGAAGCAGGGCCUGGAGAUCUGCUUCCCAAAAAUCAGCCACUGACGAUCCUAUGGCACACAGCUCUACUCUGACACCCGUGGGAUUGCUAUGAGUCAGAAUCAACUCAACAGCACCUGGUUAAGGAGUGAGAUAGGGUCUGUGUCUCAGGGGAUCUCUGGAUUGUUUCAGGCUAAUACGUGAGGCUGUCAUGAGUUGGAAUUGACUCUAUGGCAGCAGGUUUGAACCACGGGAUCGUCAUUAAGGAGCAGGGUCGAUUAAAUAGCUACGUGGGCGCUGGGUCACACUGAGCAUGUGUUUUUCCUCAGUUGUGGAGUGGAUGCCCACCCAGGGCCGGACUGUGGCGGGCGUCCUGCUGGGGUACUCCUUCACCUUUGGCCAGGUCAUCCUGGCUGCAGUGGCGUACCUGAUCCGCCCCUGGCGGUGGCUGCAGUUUGCCGUCUCUGCUCCUUUCCUGAUCUUUUUCCUGUAUUCAUGGUAUGUACUGAGCAGAGUUGGGUGGGGCUGGGGGCUCGUCUGCGUCCGAGCCGUCACCUGGCCCUGUGCGAAGCUUGGAGUAUGCAGUGGCUGGGACUUGUCGGACUUGGUGGGGCCACAGGCUUACGAGUGCUCAUGUCUGGCUGUCAGGGAUAUCCAGUAAAAUCCCUUAAUGUUAGUGUGAUGAUCCAGAACAUACCAGUACUUUUGCCUUCAUCAACUCGUUUGUGCCUACAACAACCCCAUAUGGGAACACAGCAUUUUAUAGGACGAGAACUGAGGCACAGCCCAGAGAGGGUCCCUGACUUAUUCAAGGCCACACAGCUGGGGACAGAACCAGAUUUGAAACCAGGUCUGUUAAGUCCUGAGCACUACGUAGUCUCUAAGAGCCCUUCAGUGAUUCUCUGUAGGGUGUGCUGCAAAAGAAAAAAAAAAAAAGGUAGUUGGCAUGUUCCCCAACUUUUCUGGAUUCUACAGACAGGAGAAAAUUUUACUUUUUACCAGGGUAUGAAAGAAGAUGAACAAAGUGCACUUGGUUUGGGGAAUAGAAUGAGCUGCACCCAGCCCUGGGUCAUUCUCCACUCUUUUCCUGAUCCCAGGUGGCUGCCAGAGUCGUCCCGAUGGCUCCUGCUUCAUGGCAAGUCCCAGCUAGCUGUGCAGAACUUGCAGAAGGUGGCAACAAUAAAUGGGAGAAGGGAGGAAGGGGAACGGCUGACAGAAGAGGUGGUGAGCUCCUACAUCCGGAGCGAGUUUGCAAGUGCCCGCACCUCUAACUCGGUCUUGGACCUGUUCCGAACCCCAGCGAUCCGCAAGGUCACGUGCUGUCUCAUGCUGGUCUGGUUCUCCAACUCCAUGGCUUACUACGGCCUGGCCAUGGACCUGCAGAAGUUUGGGCUCAGCGUCUAUCUGGUACAGGUCCUGUUUGGGGUCAUCGACAUCCCGGCCAUGCUGGUGGCCACCACCACCAUGAUUUAUGUGGGCCGCCGGGUCACAGUGGCCUCCUUCCUCAUCCUGGCUGGCUCCAUGGUGAUCGCCAACAUGUUUGUGCCGGAAGACAUGCAGACCCUGCGCACAGCCCAGGCGGCACUGGGCAAAGGCUGCCUGGCCAGCUCCUUCAUCUGCACAUACCUGUUUACGGGCGAGCUGUACCCCACGGAAAUCAGGCAGAUGGGGAUGGGCUUUGCCUCAGUCAAUGCCCGCGUCGGGGGCCUGGUGGCACCCUUGGUCACCACGCUCGGGGAGUUCAGCACCUUCCUGCCAUCCGUGGGCUUCGGGGCCACUUCCAUCCUGGCUGGGCUGGCUGUGUCCUUCCUGACUGAGACCCGCAACUUGCCCCUGGUGGAGACCAUUGAGGCAACGGAGAGGAGUGCUGCUAUAACAGAAAUCACACACAAGUAAAAUUGUGCUGAAGAUCAUUCAAAAGCAGCUGUAGCAGUAUAUCGACAGGGAACUGCCAGAACUUCAAGCCAGAUUCAGAAGAGGAAGUGGAACCAGGGAUAUCAUUGCUGGUGUCAGAUGGAUCCUGAACGAAAGCAGAGAAUACCAGAAAGACCUUUACCUGUGUUUUAUUGACUAUGCUAAGGCAUUCGACUAUGUGGAUCAAACAAAUUAUGGAUAACAUUGCAAAGAAAUGGGAAUUCCAGAAUACUUAACUGUGCUCAUGAGGAACCUGUACGUAAACCAAGGGGCAGUCAUUCAAACAGAACAAGGGGAUACUGCAUGAUUUAAAGUCAGGAAGGGUGGGCCUCAGGGCUGUAUCCUUUCACUGGUCAUAUUCAAUCUGUAUGCCCAGCAAAUAAUCUGAGAAGCUGGACUAUGUGAAGAAGAACGGGGCAUCGAGAUUGGAGGAAGACUCAUUAACCUGCGUUAUGCAGAUGACGCAACCUUGCUUGCUGACAGUGAAGAGGACUUGAAGCUCUUACUGACGAAGAUCAAAGAUCACAGCCUUCAGUAUGGAUUACACCUCAACAUAAAAACAAAAAUCCUCACAACUGGGUCAAUAAGCAACACCAUGACAAACGGAGAAAAGAGUGAAGUUGUCAAGGAUUUCAUUUUACUUGGAUCCACAAUCAACGCUCUUGGCAGCAGCCGUCAAGAAAUCAAAAGACGCACUGCAUGGGGCAAAUCUGCUGCAAAAGACCUCUUUAAAGUGUUGAAAAGCAAAGAUGUCACCUUGAAGACUAAGGUGCGCCUGACCCAAGCCAUGGUGUUUUCAGUCGCCUCGUAUGCAUGUGAAAGCUGGACAAUGAAUAAGGAAGACCGAAGAACUGAUGGCUUUGAAUUGUGGCCUUAGUAAAGAAUAUUGAGUAUACCGUGGACUGCCAAAAGAACAAACAAAUCUGUCUUAGAUGAAGUACAACCAGAAUGCUCCUUAGAAGCAAGGAUGGCAAGACUAUGUCUCACAUACUUUGGAUGUGUUAUCGAGAGGGAUCAGUCCCUGGAGAAGGACAUUGUGCUUGGUAAAGUAGAGGGUUAACCAAAAAGAGGAAGACCCUCAACAAGACGGAUUGAUACAGUGGCUGCAACAAUGGGCUCAAGCAUAGAUAUGAUUGUGAGGUUCGCACAGGACCAGUCAGUGUUUGGUUCCAUUGUACAUAGGGUUGCUGUGAGUCAAAACUGACUGGACAGCACCUAGCAACAUAACAGAAAUACCACAAGUGGGUGGCUUUAACACAUAGAAAUUUAUUUUCUCAGAGUUUGUUGUUGCUGUUAGUUGCCGUUGAGUGGUUCCAACUCAUAGUGACCCUAUAGACUUGUAGUGACCCAACAGGACAGAGUAGAACUGCCCCAUAGGGUUUCCAAGGAACGGCUGGUGGAUUCGAACUGCCGACCUUUUGGUUAGCAGCCGAGCUCUUAACCAUUAUACCACCAGGUCUCCAUCUCUCAGUUUAGGAGGCUUGAAGUUUGAAAGCAGGGCACCGGCUCUAGGGGAAGGCUUUAUCUCUGUUGGCCGUGGGGGAAGGAAGGUCCUUAUUCCUCGGCUCCUUGGUGAUCAUGCUGUGGCGUGACAUCUAUCCUCUCUCAUCUCUGCUUACUUUUCUGUCCUAUUCUGCUCCUUUUAUGUCUCAGAAGUGAUUGGCUUAGAACACACCCUACACUGAUAGGGCCUCUUUAACAUAACAAAGAAAACCCAUUUCCAAAUGAGAUUAUAACCAGAGGUAUAAGGAUUAGGAUUUACAACAUAUUUGGGGGGGACAUAAUUCAAUCUGUGACAUUAAUAUUCCAUACAAUGGAGUUGGUCCCGUUUUACAGAUGAGGAAAUAAGGUUUAGCACCACCCAUCUUAUAGAAAAUGAUUCCAGCAUGGGCGUUUGGUCCUUGAAAGCGGCGACGAUUUUCCUUUGAGCAGUUUGAUACAGCCUUUUCCAUGUGUCCUCGUUUGUGACAAGCAGCUGUGGCUGCAUUCUAAAAGUCCUGGAUUUAUUUUAGGGUUGUAGGAUGAUGAUGGGCUUUCGUUUUUAUCCUCUGAGCUUUUCUGUAUUCCUACAUUUUAUGGGCCUGAGAGCAAGCCGUGGAGCCCUGGUGGCACAGUGGUGAAGUGUUUGCCUGCUAACCAAAAGGUCAGCAGUUGGAAUCUACCACCCACUCCUUGGAAACCAGGGCAGUUCUACCCUGUCCUAUAGGGUCACUGUGAGUAGAAAUCGACUCAAUGGCAAUGGGUAAGAGCAAGCUGUGAUCCUGAGACUUGCUAUGAGAAGUCGUGUAGGAUCUGUUGAGGCACCUCUUAAUGUUUUAUUAAAGCCACAAACAUCAACCUGUCUACAAUGUGUCUCCACAGGGGACCGCCUGUUGACACCGGGCCCCCUCAGUCUCUUCCCUUCCAGUGGGAUCUGGUGUACCAGCACAAGUCACUGAAGUCCAUCACCUAGUCCAUAUAUAUGGCCUGACAGCUGGUGGGGGAUGCCUUUACAUCCUCUCUGACAGGUGAGGAAAGGAGGUCCUUGAGGUCUCCAGAAGCUUCCAGCCAGACUUGUACUCAGUCUAUUCUCACAGUGUCCCAGCUGAGAAAAC